AUGGCACAGAAAUUCCGCAGCAGUGAGUGGGACCCCUUCCUACUGGCAGGUCAGAUUGUGUUCAUGCAGUGUCUCUUCUACGGCACCACGGGUGCGCUGUGCGCCCUGGUGAGUCCGAUCUCGCAGUGGCACACGAGCUUGCGUCUCCUCUUAGACGACAGCGAGUUGCGUUUUCGAGAUCUGCAAGGACGUUGUCUCAUCUCUGUGUUCCUCCUCUCCGCCGGUCUCUGCGCUCUCGGGCUGUGGCGGUUGGUGCGACGCACCAAACUCUGCCUCGACUUCACUUGCACCCUUUAUUUCUGGCAUUUCAUCUUUUGUGCCCUCUACACUGCCUCCUUUCCAGUCUCCGUGGCCUGGUGGCUCACUGUUGCCGUUUCUGUAGUCCUCAUGACCCUCAUGGGCGAAUUUCUCUGCAUGCGAACCGAAAUGAAGGCCAUUCCUCUGGGUGGGGCCGCUACUAGUGUGAUAAGUUCUGUUUACUAUACAUUAAUGGCCGAACGUGUUCUCUCCGAGCGACCAGUAUUAGGGUAUAAUGAUAAAAUUGCUCACGAUCACAGAAUUUCCCUCCCUUAA